AUGUUUGCUGCUCGACUAUUCAAGGCCAUGCCCGCCCGGGCCUCUGCCUUCCCUUCCGUGAAUGCUUCUAUCCAGUCUCGUUUCAUGGCUACCGUGCGUCAGGGUCGCCCUGCCACUGAACGUGCCACCUUCACGAUCCGAGAUGGUCCUAUCUUCCACGGCAAGUCCUUCGGUGCUCGUUCCAACAUCUCCGGUGAGGCUGUCUUCACCACCUCGCUCGUUGGAUAUCCCGAGUCCUUGACCGAUCCCUCCUACCGUGGCCAGAUUCUGGUCUUCACCCAGCCUCUGAUUGGCAACUAUGGUGUGCCCUCCGCUGAGAAGGACCAGCAUGGUCUCCUGAAGUACUUUGAGUCUCCCAACCUCCAGGCCGCUGGUGUGGUUGUCGCCGAUGUCGCGGAGCAGUACAGCCACUGGACCGCCGUCGAGAGCCUCGGCGAGUGGUGUGCCCGCGAAGGUGUUCCUGCCAUCUCUGGUGUUGACACUCGCGCCAUUGUCACCUAUCUCCGUGAGCAGGGUUCUUCCCUCGCUCGUAUCACCGUUGGUGAGGAGUACGAUGCCGAUCAGGAUGAGGCCUUCACCGACCCUGAGCAGAUCCAUCUGGUCCGCCAGGUCAGUACCAAGAGCCCCUUUCACGUGAGCGCCGCCGACCCUCAGUGCCACGUUGCCGUCAUCGAUUGCGGUGUCAAGGAGAACAUUCUGCGUAGCUUGGUCAGCCGUGGAGCCAGUGUGACUGUGUUCCCCUACGACUACCCUAUCCACAAGGUGGCCCACCACUUUGACGGAGUGUUCAUUUCCAACGGCCCCGGUGACCCCACCCACUGCCAGGACACCACCUAUCACCUGCGCCGUCUGAUGGAGACCUCCCAGGUUCCCAUCUUCGGUAUCUGCCUGGGCCACCAGCUUCUGGCGCUCGCUGCUGGUGCUCGUACCAUCAAGCUGAACCAGAACCAUGGUUACGCUGUCGAUGCUUCGACUUUGCCUUCGGACUGGAAGCCUUACUUCGUCAACCUGAACGACUCCAGCAACGAGGGUAUGAUCCACAAGUCUCGUCCCAUCUUCAGCACCCAGUUCCACCCCGAGGCUAAGGGCGGUCCUCUCGACUCCUCUUACCUCUUUGACAUCUACCUGGACAGUGUGCGCAAGUACAAGAACAGCCAGCUCGCUGUGUACCCUGAGCGUGACAGCCGCCCCAACCCCCUCCUUGUUGAUCUUCUGGCCAAGGAGCGCGUUGGCGUUCAGCCUACUGUUGGCAUGCAGAACGUUGCUGCUGCUGCUGCCGCGGCCGCUGCUGCCUAA